AUAACACGUUUUUACAAAAGACUACAGCUCCCACCAGGCCUUUCGUGUCAUAUGACAGCUGUAUGUUUUGUCAUGUGACCUUGACACUGCUCAGUCGGCACUCCGUUUCCCUUUUUUCGCAGUGUCACAGGCUCCAAGCUGAAAAUACCUCAUUUCUCUCCUAAACGACCCGCCACAGUUCAGACAGGAGGUUCCAUGGCUGUGAAAUUACAUUCCGGUUUUGCCUUUGGACGGUUUAUCUGCAUUAUUGGCUUUGUACAACUCUUACAUGUCAGACAGUGGUAGACUCACAGCCCCAGCGGCUCCCCGGCAGGCCUCUCUGUUCACCGAGUGAGCUUCAGUCCCCCACGCCGCUGUUGGGUGGGUCCAGCUCGGCCACAGAGGCGGCAUGGCCCCGGUGCACGGCUAGCCGGUGCUCGUUGUGAAUUAAAGCCACAGAAAGGGAUGAACCACGUCGGUGUUCAACUGUUCAGCUUGGAUGUCACUGCUACCGGAGUUUGGCUGUCAGAAUGAACGGCACUCAGCAGAGUGAUACCAAGAGACAACACCUCCUGGAGAGGCUGCUGGAUGCUGUCAAACAAUGCCAAAUACGCUUUGGAGGGAGGAAGGAGAUCGCCACAGACUCAGACAGCAGGGUGAUCUGUCUGUGCGCCCAGUUUGAAGCGGUGCUGCAGCACGGCCUGAGGAAAACCAGAGGUCUGGCCCUCACCGCCGCUGCUCUCAAGCAGGCCGCGGGCUUCACCAGCAAGACCGAAGCAGAGUUGACUUUCUGGUUUUACGUGAAGGAGCAUCUGAACCGCCAUGAGCUCCAGCGGUUCUACUCACUUCGGCAGAUUUCCUCGGAGCUGGGCCGGGGUCGUGCAUGGCUGCGUUGCGCCCUCAAUGAGCACUCGCUGGAGCGCUACCUGCACACACUGCUGGCUGACCGCCCACGUCUGGGAACUUACUACGAAGACUGGGCUUUUAUUCUUGAUGAAGAGAGAGCGAGUAUGCUCCCCACCAUGGCUGCAGGACUGAACUCCAUCCUGUUUGCCAUCAACAUCGACAACAGCGACCUGAACGGCGGGGUGACUCGAGGAGGAGGCUCGUCAGUCUCCCACCUCCUCAAGGAGUCCACGCAGGGCAUCGGCAGCCUGUGGAAGGAGUCGACUCAGGGGGUCAGCAGCUUGCUGCGAGAGAUCAGCACCGCCACGGCGGUGGUACCCGGCUUCACCCCGCGAGGGGACGGAGCCUCAGACCCGCUACCUGUCCUUCCACGCAGCACCUCUGCCGACUCAGGGCUGAGGAAAGAGCGCCGUAGGAAAAAGAAGAUCACCAACAUCAUUUCCUUUGAUGAUGAUCUGGAUGGAGGGGCGGAGGAUGAGGAGGAGGGGGAGGAGGACUCCCAGAAGAUGGGCACGAUGAGGAAGAGUCACACUGCUCCUCCUCAGAGCAGUGUGGAGGAAGGGAUAGACCCUUUGGAGCCGGACUUUCCCCCGUCGCCGGCCCAGAACGGCCUGGUUGAGCCGGGCGUAGUCAGCUGGGUGGGGUCGCCCCAUCCCUCUCGUACGCCUCCCAUGACUACACCUCCUUUGCCUGACAGUAAGAGCAUAGACAACGAGGAGGAGGAGGAAGAGGAAGAGAUGUACAAACCCAGAGCACAAACCCAGGAGGAGGAGAGGAUCAGCUCUGAUCAGGUGGUGGUGGGAAGUCUGUCCAGCGUGUCCACGUGGAGCCCUCUACAGGUGAUGACGAACCACAGCAGCUCCGACAUCCUCAUCCCCCUGAACCCUGCAGACCCUCAGCCAGUGAGCUCUGUGGAGGACACAGCUGCAUUUCCUGCUCAGUGUGAGUCAACAGAGCCGGUGGGAAACUGUGAGAGCAGCAGAUCAGAGCUGACGUUCAAUAUGGAGUCCAGUCCACCGACGCAGCCGGCUCCAAUUUCCAGCGUGCUGCCAACAUCUGGUCUGCCAGAGUCCAUGACAGUGGUGGAGCUGCGUCAGGCCAUUGUAGCCAUGAUGAACAGAAAGGACGAGCUGGAGGAACAAAACACCUCUCUUCGCUGCCUGCUGGACGGGGAGAUGGAGCACUCGGCGGGCCUGAGGCAAGAAACUGAUCUGCUGAAGAAGAAGCUGGCGGAGCUGGAGGAGAGACACACAGCCAAGGUCCAGGCACUGGCCAGGGAGAAUGAGGUCCUGAAGGUCCAGUUGAAGAAGUAUGUGGGGGCGGUACAGAUGCUGAAGAGAGAGGGGAGCCAGGGCAAUGACGCCCUGUCGGUGUUGCGGUCAAGCGAAGAUCAGGCCCCCGUGCCACAGAACAAGUUCAUGGGUGACAUCGAGGAGCUGGCUGCCAGCUAUGAACGCAAACUCAUAGAGGUGGCCGAGAUGCACGGAGAGUUGAUAGAGUUUAAUGAGCGCCUCUACCGUUCCCUAAUGGCCAAAGACCACCUCAUUGUCCAGAUGAGACAGGAACUCAUUGACCUGAGAGGACCGGUCCCAGGAGAUUUAAGCCAGACGUCAGACGACCCCAGCUUGUCCGAUUUUGAGACGGCUCAUCGCGCUCUCAUCAACGUGUGGAUCCCCUCUGUGUUCCUGCAGGGCAGAGCUGCCAACGCCUACCACGUCUAUCAGGUGUACAUCCGCAUCCUGGACAAUGAGUGGAAUGUGUACAGACGUUACACAGAGUUCAGGGAGCUCCACAACCACCUGAGGACCCAGUUUCCACAGGCGGACACCUUCAACUUCCCACCCAAGAAAGCCAUAGGGAACAAGGAUGCCAAGUUCGUGGAGGAGAGGAGGAAGCAGCUGCAGGGCUACCUUCGCACGGUGAUGAACAAACUGAUCCAGACGCUGCCGGAGUUCACAGCCCGACCCACCAAAGAGAACCUGCUGUCUCUUUUGCCUUUCUGCCUAGACACGCCCCAGGCCAACGACGGUGGAGCCAAGACGCCCCGGUCCAAAACGUCAUCCCGUUUCCCCAGACUGGGCCGCAGCCGCAACCAGGAAGCCAGACCAGAACCUCAGAGUGGAGACCUUUAACCCCCUGGAGCCUUGGAACUAAUAAUCUCUCACUGUAAAGGCAGAGGACGCCAAUGUUCCCGUGUGUCUGGACUAUGACACACUGACUGACACUGUGUGAGGACGUUAAGGACGAGUACCGGACCUUCAGAGGAAAAACAAAACAAACAAAAAGAAGAAAAGCCUCAGUCCAGGAAGGGGUGAUGGAUGUGUUCACAUUCGCAGUCCUCUCAAGGUGAAUAUGUAAACGUUUCUGUGCAUUGCCUGGCUGAGUAAAGGAUAACUGAC